GACCUGCGAGUGACCAGGAACGGAAAACAACCAGCYAGCCAGCAAAACCAGAGCAAAGCAAGGCACMAACACAGCAAAACAGCGAAACAACCAAACCAACACACACCAGCAAUCSAAUCCAAUCSAAUCCAAUCCAAUCCAGGAUGCCCGUCUUUGCGGUGUGCGUCACCGCCGCCGCCGCGGGCUUUUCCGCCGCCUAYGAGGCCGGGAGGGCCAGCGGGGAGCGAGCUUGCCGGGAAAGCCGUUCCCGGAASAAGCCCCAUCCCUCCCGGCCCUUCAAGGCCAUCGCCGGGGGGAGCGACUACCGCUUCGCGGCCCUGCUCGCYKGUCUCCUGGUCUUCGAAACAUGGSUCCUCCCGCGGUCCUGGAACCCCUUCUGGCAGGCCCUGGAAACAGCGGAAGCUUCCUCGCCGGUCUCGUUGUGGUCCCGCUUCGUUUGCCUCCUCGUCUACGGGUGCUGGAGCGGGGUCCUGGCCAUCGGCUACGGGGGGGUCUCGGCCCUCUGCGACGCCCUCCACGACGAGCGGGAGCUCCUGGAAAAAAGGGCCUCCGAGCACCGCAGGGCGGCCAACGCGGCCGAGACGGCCCUCGAGGAGGAGGACCGCCGCCUCUCCUCCGAAAAGCGGGCCCUGGUGGCCUCCCUCGCCGCGGCCGCGGGCGAGUGGAGGCGCCUGGAGGCCUCCCGGGCCGAGCACGACCGGGCCCUCGAGGCCCGGGCCGAGAACGACAGGGUCUGGUCUGGGACCCUCUCCGAGCAGCUCGACGCCAAGACCAAGAGCCUCGUCGACAACGCCAUGGACCAGCGGUGGAGGGACGUCGAGCACAGCACGGCCGGCAUCGAGGAGAUGCGCAAGAAGAACGCCGCCAACCAGAAAAGGCUGAGGGAGCAAAAGGCACUCCGGGCGGAGCGGGCCAAYGCCCAGCAGACCGAGCUCGAGGGCGAGAAGCAAAAGCUCGAGGCCCUCAAGGGCGAGCUCAAGGACCUCGGGGCCACGAUGGAGGCACUCAAGGAGGAAAACGCCAAGAAAGAGCGGGAGGCGAUCGACGCCCUCAAGGAGCGGGAGGAAAGGCUCAGGGAAAAGGAGAAAUCCUUCGAGGAAACCCACGGCAGGGAGCUGGAACGGCUGACCAAGAUAGAAGAAGAUCUAAGGGCCAGGGAGGAACGAUUUUCCUCCGGCGAGGAGCGCCUGGAGCUCCUGCGAAAGUCGGAGAAGCUCGACUCCUCCAUGGUCAACGUGGCCAGGUUCAAGAAGGAAAUCGAGAUCAGYGAGAAGGCAAARCUCGACGAGAUCGAGAAGCAGCGGAGGGUCCUGAUCGAYCAGGARAAGCAGCUUCGGSAAAUCGCCAGGAAGCGCCAGAUCGAGCUGGAGGAGCAGGAGGAGCGCCUAAAGGAGGGCGCGCAGAAGCGAGAAAUCGAGCUCCUCAAGCAGGAAGAAGAAAUCCGCAAGAAGGCGGAACAGCGCAAGACCGAGCUCGCGAAAGAGGAAGAAGUGCUCAGGAUACAGGCCGAGCAGAGAAAGACCGAACUCGCGAAACGCGAAGAAGAACUGGAGGAAAUCGCCAGAAAGCGUGACGAGGAGCUCAAGGAGAUCGAGAACAAGAGACGAGAGAUCGAGCUGGGACAGCUCGAACUGGAAUUCAAGGAGGUGGCCAAGAAGCAAGAUCUUCUCCUAGAGAAGCGAAAAGAAGAACUCAAAAAGAAGACGCUGGUGGUUUCCACCGACAACAGCGACGCGGWAGRAAGCCAGUCCGAGUCGCCGGAUCCGAACCUUCCCGGGGACGCAGAACCGAAAGCGUCUAGCUAUUACAGGAGUCUCUUCGAGCUCCACGAGGAGGAGGAAGGCCCGGAAGACGAGAUGAAAUUUGGWCGAACACCUGCGUCCCCGCGGGCGGCCAACCUUCUUUCCCCCAUUGCGGAAGACACACCGGUGGCAGCACCGGCGGUGGCGCYGGAAUCUGGCGGAAGCAGGCAAGAGCAGCAACGUCCGGUGGUMUUCCAGAGUGGCGACRAGGUCCUGAUGAGCGUCACCAAGAGMCUACACUCGGGAGCCGAGGCAGUGCUGGAAUCGAUGAAACUGAUGGGAGAGCAGGUCAUGCCAGACUCYCUCUUCACCAGCGAAACUAACGUCGAGAACGAAACACCGGUGGUAGACCAGAAACAGCAGCGGCAGCCACCCGCUCAACCCUCCUCCUCCUUCCGGCCCGCCUCGCUGAUGGACCURGACGAGGACGACGACAUCGAAUCCACCACCAGCCGCACGGUUGCCGACAAGGAACCUGCAGCGCCUGGCGCACAAGAACAAGGAAAGGACUUCGGGGAGAUCMAGGAGAGACCCCGGCCGGCCGAUGCCGCUGCCAAAAUUACCGACGGAAGCGAGGCUAGGGCAUUCUUUCCGGACAGCAUGGACCAACACCAAAACCGCGGCACGAACAGAAUGGAAGAGCGCGACGACGAAGACGAACGUCCUCAAGCCAUGGCAGACAACGACAUGGAAAGAAGCUGGCUCCAACCCGAAGAAGCCAGGGAUCCCAUCGAUAACACCGCAAGCAGGAAACACGGACGACCGAACCACAAGCACAAGGUCACCAACAGCAUCUUCGAUUCCGACAGCGAAGACGACAGCUUGUCGUACCACAUCCAGCGAGACAUUGCAAAGAAGAAUCGCCGAGAAGAGGAGCUGGAACCAGAUGGCGCCUACCCCACCGGCGAGAAAGCCACCGGGGACAGGGUUGGCCGCAAGGCUUCCCCCCUCAAGGAGAUUUCGGAAGCCCUGAGAGUGUACAAGAACGCGGACAAGAAGUCUCCGGGCCUCCGCGUCGAUUCAAGGGCGUGCGGUGCCGCAGAGAAACCAUCGUAYACGAACGAGAUCCCCGUGUCRCCRACCUCCGAGACGAGCGCGAGUAGCAACGCGUCGUUCACGGGCGAAAUUCCCAUGUCUCCGACGGCCACCACCAGCAACACCACUGAUUUCUUCAAGGGAAUCCGGUCCAUCGCCCACCAGCCCUCCGACAUGUCCUCGGUGAACUACGGCGACAGAUACGGUGUGUUUGUGAACAAGGCCGAAGAACGAGARAUCCCAGCCAAGGACAAUGGUUCUUCCAGGAGAAGGCGGUCGAAGAGAGACAUCCGCAAGAACAAGGGCAGAUCGCUGGUCGUGAGCGAGGACGCAGGGGUGGAAGUCAUUUUYUAGUGCAAUUGCGCWGGAUUCCAGAGUUGCGGUACGUUUCCAUGCCGUGCGCGAUGCGAAAUCGAUGCCAGCCACUGCUGAUUCUGGAAGUACCGGACGGAACACGGUGAUCUUGUAAGACCGAUGAGAACAAGAACAAAUAGGACAAAAAGGCAACAACAACAAUAUCAUUGCGCGGCCUGUCACUGUUCUGUGCCAGACAUUGUUCGGUGGAAUUACUACUGCUGGUACUAGUAGUAGUAUGACUAGUGGUGAUGAUCAACUAGUAGUAGUACUAGCAUGGGUACUACUAGUACUGGUGGGAAUGACAAAAUCCAUGYGAGAGCCCUCUUUGCAUGAUUGUUGAAUACAAAACUGAAUGCAUCGAACUAGUACUGGUAUUCAAACCAAAUAUAGUACAAGUUAACAGAGACAAGCAAGAACAAAUAGUAGUAGUAGCACAAGUACGUACUAGUAUAACCCAUAAAAGUACAAAUAGUACUACUAAUUUUGAGGUCACGAUUAGUAUUACUAGAACUACUGGUGGUAAUGGGUGAUUCCCGUAAACAUAGAUUUAAGUAAAAUCGUAUUAGACUU